GUAGGCCCAGUCUAGCGCGAUUCUCCCUUAUUUCCUCUAAAAUUAGAAAUUUCUUCCCUCUAAUUUUUGGACCUGUUCUUGGUGGCAUUCAAACCCUAGAUCGGUCGGAAUACAAGGGCUCGAUACGCCACUUGGAUCUGAGAUUCUCGACUGCUUGAUCUUCUUGGAUCGGAAUCCAUGGCAUCGCGGAGGAGAAUGCUUUUGAAAGUCAUCAUCCUUGGCGAUAGCGGGGUUGGCAAGACAUCGCUCAUGAAUCAGUAUGUAAGCCAUAAAUUCAGUAAUCAGUACAAGGCGACCAUAGGUGCUGAUUUCCUAACGAAAGAAAUCCAGUUUGAGGACAGGCUUUUCACGUUGCAGAUAUGGGAUACAGCGGGGCAGGAGAGGUUUCAGAGCCUGGGCGUGGCUUUCUACCGUGGUGCAGAUUGCUGUGUUCUUGUUUAUGAUGUUAAUGUCAUGAAGUCAUUUGACAACCUGAACAAUUGGAGGGAAGAGUUUUUAAUUCAGGCUAGCCCAUCUGAUCCGGAUAACUUCCCAUUUGUGGUUAUUGGAAACAAGAUAGAUAUUGAUGGUGGCAACAGCCGAGUGGUUUCUGAGAAGAAGGCAAGGGCAUGGUGUGCCUCAAAGGGUAAUAUUCCCUAUUUUGAAACAUCAGCUAAGGAGGGAAUAAAUGUGGAAGCUGCUUUCCAGUGUAUCGCUAAAAAUGCUCUAAAAAAUGAACCUGAGGAUGAAAUGUAUCUCCCGGACACCAUUGAUGUUUCCGGCGGACAACAGCAGAGAUCAUCAGGCUGUGAAUGCUAGAUGGAUUGUUAGAAUCUGACCUUCUGUCCUCCCUGAUCUUUUAUUGUGAAAAAUUAUGGUGGGAUAUACUGAUACAAAAUGUAUUCGAAAAAGCUUAAUUUUUUUUUUCAAUAAAUUUGUGUUGAUAUUAAUACUGCGUAUGAUAUAUUGAAUUGUAUUAAUCUCAUUUAAAUUCGAAAAUUUUGAAGUUAA